AUGCUCACCUCCAAAGAACAUGACCAUGGCCACGGACACGGGCACGGACGCGAAGAAGGGCACGGACACUCCCGCGAGCUAGACAUAGAAGAGGAAGAAAUGGUCUUGCACAGGAACGAUUUCAAGUCUGCAGCGCAAGCAACAACGGUGAGCCACAGUUCUAGCCAUCACGAGCACAAACACAACAUCGCCAAGCCCUCUCGCUCCGGGCGAGACCUUGGCAUGUUGGGCGUCCUCAUCCACGUUGUUGGCGAUGCGAUCAACAACAUAGGUGUGAUUAUCUCGGCUGUGGUUAUAUGGAAAGCUGAAGGAGAGGGUCGGUAUUAUAUCGAUCCUGCAAUCAGUGUCUUCAUUGCCAUCAUGAUCUUCCUCACGGCAAUACCACUGACCAAAAGGAGCGGAACGACAAACCGUGUAUACCCGGGAAUCCCCUGUGCUGACAAGAGCCCGCAGAUCCCAGGCGUUGACUCAGUUCACGAACUGCACAUUUGGCGUCUCGACCAGCAUAAGUCAGUCGCUACGGCCCAUGUAGUUGUUGACGAUAGGACUGUUGAGAACUUCGGGGAAAAGGCCAAGGUCAUCAUGGAAUGUCUGCAUGCGUACGGUAUCCAUUCCGUCACGCUCCAGCCGGAGGUGCUGCCUCCAUGCGACAACGAGACAACGAUUGUUCGAAGCGUAUAUACCGACGGGGGACCGGCCCAGGUUAAGAAGCGGGUCAGGCAACGAUGUCAGCUCGUGUGUGGGAAGCUAUGUGACAGAAUGAGGUGCUGUGCGACGGUCAGUGCAAGCUGA